GUGGCGGAGCUCUACUGCUGGCUGGCCGGCCGCUUCCCCGGCGCAUUCCGCGGCAGGGCGCAGGCCCAGGCAGCCCGCGACGGCGUCAGCGCGCUCAUAGACAACGCGCUCAAGCGGCUCAGCCUCGGAAGGGCCCCGCGCGCCGGCGCCGGCGCUGGGGCAGGGACCGCUGCUGCCGAGGGGCCGGAGGAGGGGGCGCCAUGGGAAGGGGAGGGGUUUGGCUCUGGCGGCGGUGGCGGCGGCGCCUCGGGUACUGAGGAUGGGGAGGGCGUCGAGGAGGGUGGGCAGGAGGAGCGGCCGGCGGCGUGGGUGCGGCGGGCGCAAGAGCUGGGCGUCAGGUGGCAGUCCGAGCGGCGGGGCGGCGCGAAUGGCCGCCUCAAGGACGGCGCGGCGGCGGGGGCCGCGGCCGCGGGCUCGCGUGCGGCUGUGGUGCAGCGGGCGCGAGGUGGGCCAAGGGAAGGUGGAGAGGGGCAGCAGGAGCGGCGGCGACGGGGGCGGCAGUUGCUGUUCGAGGUGCUGGUGGCUGAGGGUUGCGGCGGCGACCCAUUUGCAGUGGGCCGUGCUGGUGUGCAGCGGCCUGACUGGCGGCGCUGA